AUGCCCCGCGGAGCCGUCAUCGCCUUUUCCCACGGCGGCGGCUUUAUGCCGCUGCUGGGCCACCCGGAAUUGGCCCAAAUGACUAAAUUUAUACGCAAGCGCGUUCCCGAAAUCCUGCGCUUUAACAACCCGGACCGGGGCUACAAUUACGGCGUAUUUAUACCGCUGCUGCUUGCGCACUCCGCUGUUAACCCCGUGGAGGGUGGCAGACCCCGCCCUCCUUGA